AUGCACCUGAGCGAGCUCGGAGACGACGUUAGGAAUAUCAGGGUGGCAGCAGUCAACAAACUUGCCGAAGAAGCUACCCCAACAGACGCGAGUCUUUUCACCCCGAAACCACCGGGCAUCUAUGAAAUCGAACAGAGUAUAACGAUUAGGCCGCUGGAGCUCGACGGAGCUGUAGACUGCGCAGGAUUUCCAGCAAAAGUCAUGGCAGUCUCUGAGACUCAUUCGCUCCAGCUUGGUCGGGUCGAGCUCGAAGGGAUUAUCGACCCAUACGUAUUGCUGUUUGUUUCCAUUGGUCCGUUCGUCGUCUAG